GGUGCAAUAUUUCUGUAACGCAAGGAUUAGUUGAGAACUGAAAAAUCUCUCAUAAAUUUGAAGUUAGCUGUCAGCUUGAGUUCCUCAUAAUUAUUGACUCAGAACCUGUGCGAACAACGUUGAUUUUGUAAUUUCUUACCGAAUCACAUCUUUGACGUAUUAAAACCGCUCGCAAUGGCUGAUCAUGGAGGCGGCGGUGAUCAGUUGAUUCUUGAAUACGAAGAAGAAUUUGAGGAGGAAACCCUGGUGGAGCGUCUGCAGGGCUUAACGGAGAUGUUCCCGGAGCCGGUUCGUGAAACUACUUCCAAGGUUUGGGAUGCAUCCAAGUAUACAGCAUCCACUUUGUAUCACUAUGCUCGAGAGAUCAUGUGGGUGAUCGCCUCAUCCGCUGUUAUUUUGGCUCUUCCCGUGGCGUUAGAAGUAGAGUCGCUGCAGAUUCAAGAGGCACAAAUCCAGCAGCAGCGCCAGAUUCUUUUGGGACCAAAAGCGGGAGGUCCGCCAGCGAAAAUGGCAGGCGGUGGAGGCAUGCCGAUGAUGCCACCACCCCCACCGCCCAAGUAGAUGAGGAUUGCUGUCACCGGUUGUGCGAUGGGCUUGUGUCUUGUUGAUCAUGUAAACAUUGCUGGAGUACCAAAGGUGGUUUGUUACCUGUCUAGCUUCACGCCGUUCACGGCGAACUAAUGUUGUUUGGCUGUAUCUUUAUUGUCAAAGAGUUGAUUUGUGUGAAUGAUUCGACGGGUUGGGUUUGAUGAACUAAACUACUAAAGUUGAAAAACCUUCUUGCGUCCAUAUAAGACUAACUUUAAAACAAUACGUACUUACUGUAAAACAAACAUUAUGUAGUUAAUUGAUACAGAAUUUUUGUGCUUAAAGUUCUGAAACGAUAAAACGUUUCUUACUGAAGUGCUUUGUGAAUGGCACUGAAUGCGUUGGAACCUGUUG